GUGACCAUGUAAGACCUCUUGUCCAUGCCUAUAAUUGCACCAGGAAUGAGGUAACUGGUUUCACCCCAUAUGAAUUGAUGUUUGGCCGCCAACCUCGUCUGCCAGUUGACCUUGCCUUCAACUUGCCAGUAAACGAGAGUCAGCAUUCAUCUCACUCCGAGUAUGUGAGAAACCUCAAGUCACGUCUCAAAGAAAGCUACCAGGUAGCUAUGGACCAGGCUGCAAAAAUAGCUCAUAAGAACAAAGCAAGGUACGACAGACGUGUAACAGCCUCAGAUUUGGAAGCUGGAGAUCGAGUGCUGGUCAGAAAUGUCCGCAUUCGGGGUAAACAUAAGCUGUCAGACAAAUGGGAAACCACUGUGCAUGUAGUGGUGAGAAGAGCAGGUACCCUCCCAGUUUACAUGGUCAAGCCUGAGAACAGGGAUGGUCCCUUAAGGACGCUACAUAGAGAUCUACUACUCCCAUGUGGGUAUCUGCCCAUGGAGGAAAGCAGUGCGCCUGUCCAAAACCCAGUACCCCGCAAGCCAGGAACUCGUGCUAAUCCUGCUGUAGAGGAGGAGAACUCCUCAGAUGAAGGAGAUGAUGUACUAAUUCCAAUUUAUUCAGGGUCUCCUGUUCCCACAGUUUGUGAAAGUCCUGUGGAACCUGAUCUAUUGUUGACUAAUGUACAAGAUACACAGCGUGCUGAACCUCCAGGCCUUCACCCUGUCGAGAGUCCAGAAACCGCUCAGAAUGCCAAGAGAAUUUCUGAUAUUGACAACCUGCCUGAUAUUGACAACCCGCCUGAUAUUGACAAUCUACCCGAUCUUGACCAAAACUUACCUGAUAUGUCCAACAGUACUUCAGAUGGUCCCCUGAUACUCACUGAGUCUAACUCUUAUCAGAGUGACACUGAGUGCUUACCUAAAUCCACCGAACAAGCAGAAAAGACAGCCUUCACUCAAGAAGAAUUACCUGAGGUUGAAUACCCGAGCAUCCAAGGUGAGCAACCUCUAGUUCCAGCAAAGAUAACAGCGAGUACUGAGGAGAAUGGCAGUAAAAGUGCAGAAUCUGAGGAAGAUGGGACAGUCCUGAUGGAUGAAGAGAAGGAAAAGAAGGAAACAGAUAUGAAUGAUUUUGUCAGAAGAUCUGAGAGGGACCGUCAACCACCAAAACGGCUCGACUAUCCGGAGUUAGGUAAUCCCUUAAUCACUGCAGUGAAGUCAUUCUUUCAAGGACUCUCCAAAGCUUGGGAAGAUAUCGAAGGUGAUGGUAAAGAACCUGGUCCUACCCCUUCUCUGUCCCCCCGAGUGAUCAUCAUUUAACCAUCUACCAUGCACAGGGACGUGCAUAGGUUCAGGAGGGGAGGGUGUAGCCCAGGUGACAAAACUGACUAAUGAAAGGAAAAUGGAAUUAAUAGGAGUGUAUGCUUAAAUUUCAAAUGCCCUACUGCACUUGAAUGCAUCGUUCAGUGUAUGCGAUCCGACGCUGUUCAGCAGCCAAUCAGGAAUCACGCUCAGAAGCAUAGGGUGAAGUCGAGGCGCAAAUGGAGAAGGUAGCUACAUGCUGAAGGGAGAACAUCUCGGUUGAUAAAGUGAAGAGAAAGCCAGAAGCAAUUAGCUUACUUGCUGCGAGUUCAGGAGAGAGUGAUUCGGCAAAGGGAGACGAGUUACAGCAGCUGGUUUUGCCGUUCGCGUUGGGAGCUGUGGAUGAGCCGGAGCUAACAAACUCCGUUUGAAAUCCAGAGCAACGGUCAGGUUUUUUGAGUGGACAAGAAAAACAGUCUUGAGGACCCAGCGAGACUCCGAUCCAAUUCGAUGGCGAGCUAAAAGGACUUUGGAGAAAGACCCAGAUCCAGAGAAGGAAAGAGUCAAGUACACACAUAUACACAUACAGACCAUUCAGAUAGACUCAGCAUACCCAGUACACCUGCAACACGGGCUGUCUUUCCCAUAAGAGACUCAGACGGACAAUUUCCUUUUUCAUCCCUAGUGGGACUUGUGCACAAUUUUCUUUUUUUUGUUUUGGGGUUUUCAGUUAAUUGAUUGUAAGCCAUGGCAAAUUUUAUUUUUAUUAUGUAACAAUAUAAGAGUUGCUACUCAAUUUCAUCUCUGUGUUCGGCUCAUUAUUACUGCUUUAUUCCUUGGCUCCACGAACCAGGUUCUUCUGAUCUUAGGCCCACAGUUGUUCUAUCAGUUAUAUCACUAUUAAAUGUAAUCUGCUCUCGUA